AGUUCGUUUUGUUCGCGUACCGACGACGGUUGUAAGUGGGAUAAAAUUCGACGACAUCGAAAGACGAAAAAUCGCGAAAAUCACAUCGUCGUAAAAAAAUUAAUAAAAAAACGUCAACGGUCGUGUCGUCUACGGCUAGUGGAUCUGAGAGUGCCAUCGACGAGACGGAAUAAUAAUGGCCGUGGUGAGUGCGCAGAACGCCUUGGCCAAAUCCGCAGCCAAAUUGGAGAAGCACAUCAACCUGUUGAAGUACACGAUAUUCUGUCUGAGCAUCGUGAUCUGGAUAAUGGGAAUAUUUUUAUGGGGCUACGUGGUGUACUCGAGGCUCGACACGACCCUCCAAGAGUGGGUCGACGCCCUUGAAAUCUGGCAAGUUUAUUUGGGAUUGUACGUGUUGAUAUUUGCGUCGAUCGUGGUGAUCAUAGCUCCGUUUUUGUCGUGUUUCGCCGUCUACCAGGAGCUCAGCCAACUACUCAUGGCAAACGCCGGUGUACAUCUGUUUUCGUUCUUCGUCCUCUUAUUGGGAUCAGCUGUAUUGCUGGAAAACACCACGACGGGGUCUGGGAUCGUGUCAUCGAUCAGGGAAAGUAUGACGAACUUAAUAAUGCAAUCGCAAAACGAGUACGCCACGAACACGCUGAACAUGAUCCAAGAAUCUAUCGGAUGUUGCGGAGCCGACGGACCCAACGACUACUUGUCGCUUAGGAAAGCGUUGCCCACCGAGUGCAGAGACACGGUAACCGGUAACGCGUUCUUCUACGGCUGUGCCGAUGAAGUGACCUGGUUCUUGGAGGACAAAUCCCGGUGGACGACCAACAUAGCCAUAUCGAUAGCCGCUUUGGAGAUGCUUAUAUGUGUUCUCAGCGUGAUUUUAGUCAAGGCUUUGCAAAAGGAAGAAAAAUUCAACUACAACCGAUGAUAAAAUUACGUUAAUUAUUUUAUCUUUUUCCAAAAUGUAAAACAAUAUAAAUUACCUAACUGUUUUUAUUUUCACCAAUCGUGUGAUUUCAUCAAAAAAUAAAAACUUUCUUACAGGACGAUAAUGAUUUUGACGAACGAA